GUUACCUCUCUACUUCUGUACGUUCAUGUGCUCUCAAAUAUUUUAUAUGCUUUUGUUCCUUCCCAACACAGUUUGAUCUUGAAGUAUUCUACCGCUGCUUUCUUGUCUCAAAGUCAUGGAAGAUCAAGCUCAAACUCAAGUUCCAACCCCUAGUAGUCCAAGAAGCCAAUGUCUUGAAAGAAAUGAACCAGUUAGGUCAAGAUGGACACCUAAGCCUGAACAAAUCCUUAUACUCGAGUCAAUUUUCAACAGCGGAAUGGUUAAUCCUCCCAAGGAAGAAACAGUCAAGAUAAGGAAGCUGCUUGAGAAAUUCGGUUCUGUUGGCGACGCCAAUGUUUUCUACUGGUUUCAGAACCGCCGUUCCAGAUCUCGCAGGCGGCAACGUCAGAUUCAAGCUAGCCUUGUAAGCAGCGGCGCCUCGCUAGAACAACACCAACAGCAACAAUUACCAAUGCUUACGAGAUGUGUGAGUGGUGGUGGUGGUGCAAUUGAGUACCAAGAUACUGCUUACACCACUCCCACUCCUGUGUUUCAUAUCCAACAACCUAGUUUCUUCUCACUCGCCGUUUCUUCUUCUUUGUCUUCUUCUCCUUCUUCUUCUUCCUCAUCACGGCUUGGUGGUUCAGACGAGAUUUAUUCCCUUUCUGGCCAAUCCUCUAGUUUCCAUGAGCAGAACACUCCCAUGCCUUCAAGUUUCCAGCAAUUAGAUACUUCUAAAGUUCAUUAUGAAUUUGGUUUAGGAGUGAUGAUCACUGUAUUCAUCAAUGGAGUACCAACGGAGGUGGAAAGUGGGCCUGUUAACAUGAAAGCUAUGUUCGGUGAAGAUAAUUUGAUGCUUGUCCACUCGUCUGGUGUGGCCUUGCCUCUGGAUGAGUUUGGGGUUUUGGUGCCUGGGUUGCAGCAUGGUGAAAGCUACUUCUUGGUAAGCAAACUUUGUUGA